GACAUAUCCAUUGAUGUUUAUUUGCCGCAGCCUGUACUAUACUCAUAUAGCAUUGGAUGAUAUUCAGAAUCGAGCUUCUGCGUGGCCUGACGUCGUUUCCGGGAUCUACGCGACUUCUCCCGAGUCACGUGCAGCUCUCCCAUCUCCGCAAGCUCCCGCUAAAUCCCAGCGACCUCUCCGGCGCUCUCAAGCACUGGAACAGCUCAAAAAAAACAGUGGGAAUUAGUGGACGUAGUGGCUCCCCAUCCCUCAAAACCUGAGGCACCAAGAAAGAAAAAAAAAAAAGUUGCCGCAGCCCAGGCACAGAGCACCAAAAGAGGAAGAAAAAAAGCCCGGCGCUCCGCGUGACGGGCUGGCUGGCCAUGCUUUAGCCGGGGAAAGUCUCCCAAGGUUCGGCAUCACGAUUUUCACAAAACCCUCAGCCUGUCUCCAUUCCUCUCCCCCCCCAAACCUUUGUCCGGGUCCGCC